AUGAUCAUUCAAAAGAGAAUUAAUAGAUUUAUUCUAGGCCUAGUGUUUGGCUUGUGCUUUUGUGUUUUAAACACUCGAGCAACCAAUUGUAGAUUGAGUGAUUUAGACUUUCCUUCAUUGGGUAGUGAGGGCUCCAUUGUGAAUGGGGAAUUUGAUGAUGUAGGCAUAAACUUAACUUUACAAGAGUUUGCAAAGCAUCGAUACGACUCACCUUGGGCACAAAUGGUACUAAAUGCGUAUGAAAACGGAGAUAUCAAGUAUAAUAGUGACCAGAGAACUUUCUUCUGGGACAAAGGCAACCAAGGAUCUUCUGAUGCUGCGAUAGAUAAAGACAAUAUAUUGGCUUUGAAAGAUUCAGACGACGGUGAUAUGAUUGCUGAUUUUCGAACCAAAGGGUUUUGGCAGUUGGCAGGACUUCACGACGAGGACGCCACAACAAUUGCUAGUCUACUCCCUACACUGCACAAUCUAGUUAAAUCUAAGGAUAUAGAAUCCACAACCCAAAACCUUUCAGCAGAAGACAUACCAGAUAUUAUUAUGCUAUACCAUCUUUUCUAUGAGCAAUCUAUUGAUUCAAACCAGUCAACCCCAAGAUCUAACAGUACAACUACCGAUGAAUUUGUUACAAAUCUCACUAAUUAUCUCCAGAAAAAAGAGAACCAGAAUGCUGUUGAUCUACUAGAAUUAGUCUACGCCAAGGAGUUAUUACCUUCUGGUUGCAAGAGAAAACUUACCCUUCCUACUAACGCUCUUGUUCAAAAAUAUCCACAUCUUAAGCCUCAGGGCAAUAGUGAGUUACUCCGUUUGUUCCAUCCAAUCAAUGCUAAUAUUUACGAGUGCAAUGUUAAUUACAUGUAUGAUGCCAAUACUCUCAAUUUUGUUAUGUUAUCUGCUAGUACAGAUAUCACCACUGAUGAAUAUGCCCCCAAAUUUACCUUUGAGGAUGCCGUUCGUUUGAGAUAUGCCCCCGAGUAUAAGUACAACGUAGUGGCCAGGGAUUUACACUAUGCUCUUCUGAUGGCCCAAGUAAAAGAAUGUCGGGACUCUGACAUAAACCCACAUUUCGAGCAUCAUCCUAAGAAAGACAUAAAAUCAUUUAAAGACUACAACGAUUGGGCGCAUUCAUCGUAUAACAGCAUAGAUUCUCUACCCGAUGACGCAUCGAUAAUGCCGCCAACACUCACACCUCUACAAAAGACACCAGUACCCAACAACGAUAAUUUCCAAACAGUUCAAUGGACAGUCGAUAGUAGCACACAGGAUACUAAACAAAGCUCACCAGCUAUACAGACCGGACCACAACAUUCAAGCCAAGCAAACCAGGCAGCAACUCAAUAUAAUGACGCACUAGAUAACCUGUCCUUGCCAUCUAUAGUAGCACCAGAACUACCUCGAUCCGAUAGUUAUGACGAACCAGUCCAACAACCAAACAAAGCUCCUAAGGCGGACAAUCACGUCAAAUCAGAAUCAGAAGCCAAUGAACAUGACUUGAACGAACAAAAACCAGAUACUACUCAUUAUGACCCGGUAGAUAGCAGAUCGCCAUCACCUUCUCCAACCCUAACAUCCGAGGGGAAGUGUGAUUCAUUAGCAACAAGCACACAUACCUUGGUGGAAGAUUCAAUACCAACAAACGCAAGCAUGUCAUUGGGCAAUGACUGGUCAUUGGUAUCUAACCAAGAAAGACGUGCAUCUUUAACAAGCGCGUCCUCCGAAACAAGUCAGGGAUUUGUAUUGGUUGAUAAGCAAGAAGCAUUAGCCUCUGAAGAAAACACCGAUCAAAAGUCGAGCGAGAAUACGGCCACCUCUACAGUUUAUGACCAAGUGCCUCAAACCGCCGAAUAUGACCAACCAACAGAUACGACAGAGCCUAAUACGACGUAUGAAGUACCGGGUUCUCAUCUUAACCCAAAGCCAACCCAACCAUCACCCAAUGGCCAUAUAGAAGGUUCAUCUCUAGCUUCAGCCACUAAUCGCAACAGUGGCUUUUACGAGCAACCAAACACAACCCGGGCACAAGAUGGACAUCAAAUGAGAUCAGAUCCAAUGCCUCGGCGGGCAUCAGGCUCAACAGUCGAUUCGCUGUCAUUACCAGUUCGGAUAAUACCAGACAAAACGGAUAACAAGAUAAGAACCCACAAGAUUAUUGCCAUUUGCGGCGGUGCAUUACUGGGCUUAGCCCAAGCUUCAAUUAUUCUAUAUGACAAUCUGCAUCCAAUCGGCCCCAAUAUAGUCUAUAUAAUUCCUUUUAACAUACUGGCGUUAGGUCUGAUAAUUCCUCUUUUACUGGCCCUUUACAACACUGCUAAGCCUACCAAAGAAAGAAAGCCCCAAAAUCUGCCGAGCUACUAUAUUGUCCUAGUCUCUAUAACCAUGAUCUUCAUCAUUCUUUGGGUUUUCUUUACAUUACAUCUGACCACCUACUUAGCCGCCAAUGUCAUAUCACUAUGUCAUGCCAUGAUUCUAUUCUACCAAGCCAUAGCUAUACUCUCAGUAGUUGGCUGUCUUAUCACCCGAAAGGCAUGCAAUCUUCGUCAACCUAUUAUAGCCAAACACACUUAUUGGGUACUCUACGUCCUAGCUGCAAUAUUCGCUUUCACAGUUCCUUUCCUCUCUAUUAUUGGGCUUACACAUGAAGCCAAACUCGUUCUUCAUUCCCAAAUUCUAGUCAUUGCGGCUCUUCUCUUCGCCGCCGGCGCUUUUAUUCAUAACUGUAGCCACUGGUCUAUCAAGACUCCAGCAACCGACAAUUCCCCACGUUUCAAAACAAGAGUCCUCACUACAAUAGCCGUCUCCGCUCUACUAGCCACCGCCCUCAUUGCCACCAUAUACUUCUCCAGCUCCUACAACACACUACCCAACUCUAACCUACCCAACACACCAUAA